CUUUUCUGUAAUAGCUUAUCUUACUUUCAUUUUAUUGUUACAAUGGUCCAAGCAGAUAUCCAACCUAUUCGUUUAACAAACGGAAAGACUGUCAAGGUCCAUACCCAACUUUUUAUCAACAACGAAUUCGUGCCUGGUCACGGUCCAUUAAUCGAAACAAUCAAUCCCGCCAAUGAAGAGGUUAUUUGUAAAGUGCACUCAGCUGACGAAGCGGACGUUCAUGCGGCUGUCGAGGCUGCCUACAACUGUUACUACACCACUUGGAGCAAAGUCGCACCUGCUGAACGUGGUCGUCUUCUUAACCGUUUAGCUGAUUUGAUGGAGCGUGAUAAGGAUGAGAUUGCUACUUUAGAUGCUGUGGAUAACGGCAAAUCUUUUGUUGUCGCUCGUGAUGUUGAUGUAACAGAUUCCAUUGCUUGUUAUCGUUACUUUGCCGGUUGGGCCGACAAGAUUCAUGGUAAGACCAUUGAUACCACAAGUGACAAAUGGUGUUAUACCCGUCAUGAGGCUUUGGGUGUUGUGGGUGCUGUCAUCCCUUGGAAUUAUCCUACUAUGAUGGCUGCUUGGAAAUUUGCUCCUGCAUUAGCGGCUGGCAACACAAUUGUUAUGAAGUCCUCUGAAGUUACUCCUUUGGCGACCCUUAAAUUUGGUGAAUUGGUUAAGGAAGCUGGCUUCCCUGCUGGUGUCGUCAAUGUUAUCACUGGCUAUGGUCAUACUACGGGUACUGCUUUGAGUUCUCACCCCAAGGUUAGCAAGAUGGCCUUCACCGGUUCUACUUUGACCGGUCGUAGAAUUAUGGAAUCAAGCGCCGGUAGCAAUCUUAAAAAACUUCAACUUGAACUCGGUGGUAAAUCUGCCCAAAUUGUCUUGGCCGAUGCUGAUCUCGAAAAUGCUGCUUAUUGGGCCUGUGGCGGUAUCUUCAAUAAUCACGGUCAAUCUUGUAAUGCUGGCUCUCGUAUCUUUGUUCAAGAAUCCGUUUACGAUAAAUUCAUUGAACUUUUCAUUGAAGAGACCAAGAAAAUCAAGAUUGGUGAUCCCUUCGAUGACGAUACUUUCCAAGGCCCUCAAGUGAAUAAGAGCCAAUUUGAAAAGAUCUUAAACUACAUAGACAUUGGUAAGAAAGAAGGCGCCAAAUGUGCUUAUGGCGGUAAGCGCUGGGGUAAUAAGGGAUACUAUAUCGAACCUACUGUCUUUGUGGACUGCCAUAAUCAAAUGCGCAUUAUGCGUGAAGAAAUCUUUGGUCCUGUGGUUGCUAUUGGUAAAUUCAAGACAGUGGAGGAAGCUAUUGCCUUGGCCAAUGAUUCUGACUAUGGUUUAGCUGGUGGUGUCUAUACUAAGGAUUUGGAUGCUGCUAUUCGCGUUACCAAUGAGGUAAAGGCCGGUACCAUGUGGGUUAACUGUUAUGAUGUCUUUGAUCAAUCAACUCCAUUUGGUGGCUAUAAACAAUCUGGUUUUGGUAAGGAACUUGGUAAAUACGCCCUUCAAGAAUAUACUCAAGUCAAGGUAGUUAAGAUUCAACUCCAAUCCAAACUUUAAAGCAAAAGAAUCACUGUAUAUUGCAUAUGUAAAGAAAUCUUAAAUGACAUACCGCAUACCAAGGCCUACCCUAUCUAUUUAAGUCACAUAUCUAUUUUUCUUUUUUUUUUUUGUACAAAGAAUAUGAAUACAACCUGUUAAACAUCUGAAUUUGUUCGGCUUUUGUUCU